GUCGCUACUUAUGCACCGUAGUUUGCGUCGAUAACCGAGCUGUUCCAUACUCUCUAUACACAGACCGGGAUUCGGCUUUUGUAAUCAGUUUCUAAUUAUGUUUGUGUGGUCGGUCGUUGUGACCCAGCUCUUCCUUGACCAUAUCGCGCCAUUCUCAUUUUCUCGACAACAAUGGACACGAUAUUUCCUGAAGCACUUCUUAGAGCAGUCUCGUAUGUCCCCACUGUGGGCGUAAUGGCUGCUCUGUCACUAAUAGCCUCAUUUCUCAUCAUUUUUGUGUCGGACGUCCUCUACUGUGGGUUCAAAACAAGGGCCGUACGAUGGGCUCCUUGUAUCCCAGGAAAGUCGCUACUGAGUGAACGAUACCGUCCGAACAAAUCGAUGGACCACUACCUUGAGGAGUUUGCCGAUGCAUAUCGAAAGCAAGAAUGGGAAAGCCUUCUCAAUAUCGGACAGUGCGGGUACGGGAUACGUCGUGUUGCUUCCUCCGCAACACUACCAAGAUUGGUACAAUGUUCCCAGGGACCACGUCAACUGGGGAAAGGCGUUAAAUGAGGAAGCUUCAUUAUACGAUCUUGGGAUAGAUGCUAGUUGGCAUAUCGCUCCUCUAACUGUGCAGAAGUGCAGUCAGGUCGAUUUCAUCAGUAUG